UUGAGGUCAGCUGUCAGACUAGCAGUGGAGAUGGAGUAAAGCAUCUUUAUUCUAAACCCUUGCUAACACAGUUUUCAGCUGUGACUCAGAGAGGUCUGUGGAUCACAAGGCAUCUCAGUGCUUAUCCCUUGAGGUUAACUUGAAACAGACAUUCCCAGCAGUGCAUGGUCUUUUUAGUCCACAUUGCAGUCCAUCGUGUCUCUCAUCAGCUACCAUGCCAACCGUACCUGAAGACGAGGGACAGCCACCAGAAGCACAACACACCAGUUCUCCAAUCAAAGAUGCUACUAUUGAGGGGACAACAUGCAGUACACCUUCUGUUGUUCUUCCAGAGAAUGCUGUAACGCCAGAUGUAGAAAUUGAUAAAAAUCUGGUUAACAGACCUCAUAGUCCUCAUCUGAGACAUUCUAACCGACACACUAGAACUUCUGUUAGUUCACUGACUUCAGUUGACAAUACAGGUCAGGUGAUUGAUCUGGUAAAUGGCCAACUGCCAGAUGUCAAAAUCUCAGAUGAAGAUAAAAAGAAGAAUCUUGAGUUACUAGAAGAAGCAAAGAGAGUGAGUGAGAGGUUCCUAAUGCGCAGAGGCAGAAAAUCAAGAAGCAGUCUUCCAGAGUCUCCCACAGCUGUUUCUCCUACACUUAGUCCAAGAGUUUCACCUGUACCAUCUCAGAGCAACUCUCUCAGUCUUCCAAUCCCAACAGGGUCUGAUGUAUGUGCAGCCACAGGUGCUGGGUCAGUGUCUCCACUGCAGAAUGUCACAAAAGGUUUAACCGAUCGAAAGCAGAAUGAUCAGAGGAAGGUUUCUCAGGGAAGGUUGGUUCCUCGUUCCACUGGUUUUGAAAACUCCAAAGAAAAACUCUCUGCACAAAAAGAAAACUUUGAUCCACUUACACAUAUGGAUAAUUUACCCAAAUCCUCUCCUUCAGGCAGUGAUGCUGGCAAAACUUCUCUUAACACAAGCACAAACAGCUGUGAAAAUGAACAUGGAAAACCAUUACUUAAGAAAUCAAAAGAAAAUGACUUUCCUUUAAGAAUGUAUCGACAAGGACCAGGCAUAGGUACUAUGGACCCAAAAUUAAAAAGUUCUGUCCCAGAACUGAUGGACCCUAAAGUUACCUGUAAAACAGAACUUAAAGCAUCUGGAACACGCCCUCCUCUAUUACGAGCUGUAUCAUGGGAUAGCAUAGAACCUGGACAUCAAGAAAAGGCACCUUUUAAAUUACCACCUGAAGAAGAUAAAAGCUUUGCCAUUAGUAAUAAAUCCAGCAAUCAGUUGACUAAAACAUUAACGUUCAAAGAUCUCCAAAUACAAGUUCAACCAGUUCGAAUGCAGAAAUUGACAAAGCUCAGAGAGGAGCAUAUUCUGAUGCGAAAUCAAAACUUAGUUGGACUUAAACUGCCUGAACUCAGUGAAGCAGCUGAACAGGAAAGAGGGCCUUCACCUAUACCGUGCACCACUGAAGAAGAGGAGUCAAAGAAUGGCUCUGAUGUCAUGCCUAAUAUUCCUGAUGUACUGCUACGAAAACUCCGUGUGCAUAAAUCUCUGCCAGGAAGCUCUCCUCCACUUACUGAAAAAGAAGUUGAGACUGUGUUUGUACAACUUUCCUUGGCCUUCAGAAAUGAUAGUUACACCUUGGAAUCUAGAAUUAACCAGGCGGAGAGGGAGAGAAAUCUUACUGAGGAGAACACUGAGAAGGAACUGGACAACUUUAAAGCAGCCAUUAUGUCUUCAGCUGCCUUAUGGCAUCACUAUGAACACAGAGAAACUUGCCAGAAGCUGUUGGACGAUAUUGCUGUACUACAUCGUUUGGCUGCUAGACUCUCCAGUCGUGCUGAAAUGGUUGGAGCUGUUCGCCAGGAGAAACGUAUGUCAAAGGCCACAGAAGUAAUGAUGCAGUAUGUGGAGAAUUUGAAGAGAACAUAUGAAAAGGAUCAUGCUGAGCUAAUGGAGUUUAAGAAACUGGCCAAUCAGAAUUCUAGCAGAAGUUACAGUGCAUCUGAAGAUGGAGUGCCUCGUUCAUCUAGAUCCAUGUCUCUUACUGUUGGAAAGACUAUGCCUCGGAGGAGAGUCAGUGUUGCUGUUGUUCCUAAGUUUAACUCAUUACACAUUCCUGGCCAGUCACCUACUACGUCACCCAUACCUUCAAUGCCAUCCCUGUCUGAAUCACCCAAUGGAAGAAGUAGUCUGACAUCUACUCCUGCCCUACCAGCCCUUCUAGAGAAUGGAAAGUCCAAUGGAGAGCAUGACCGUGAAUCGCCUGCUUCUCUGCUGACACAGAGCUGUUCAGAGGAGAUCAACCCUGAGACAAAAGCCAAGAUAGAGGAGGAAGCUUAUAACAAAGGUUAUCAGGAAGGCUUAAAGAAAACCAAAGAACUUCAUGAGCUGAAAGAGGAAGAUGAAGAGAAAACAAAUGAAAUCCCUGAUGAGCAUGAAGAGAGUGAAAGUGAAGAGAUAAAUAACAUGAAGAACAGCAAACUUGAAGUUGUUAUUAAUUAUUUACAUAUACUGUACCCAAAACUGUGUAAACACUGGAAUGUGGUCUGGAUUGUAGCAGCUGCGAUAAUCAUUUUUGCUGCGCUGUUGGGGAUCUACCAUUCAUACAACUCCUGUGUUGAAUUAUCAGAUGGACCCGAGAGGAAAGCCACCUGUUCUGCUGUCCAGCAAUACUCCUGGUGGAACUCAGGACUUCAGCAUGAGCAAGGCACAGAAUAAUAAACAAAUUAUAAAAUAUUUGCGGUACAUCAGUAACCACACACUUUAAAACACGGUUAUUAAAGCAAGGUAGCACUUUGUCAUUUUCCUGUUGCUAAAUAUGAUCAGUAAGCCACACUAGUUAUUCUAUGCCAUCAGGCUUGGGAAUGGAUUGUGAUUUACCUAGUGAAAUUGACCAUCUGAUAAAUACUUCUGUCUUUUUGUCAUGAUAAUUGUAUCUGACUGAUAUGAAUUCAUACAAAUAAAGUCACAUUUAAAUCAUGCCAAGGUUGUGACAGUCACCAGCAAUAGCCAGGAUAUUCAAAGGGAAGAAUGAUACAGUAGACCUUAAUUCAUGCACUUUUGAGGAAAGCCAUAAAAACUACCAGUUAGAGAGUAUUUGCUUUAACUUUGCAUUUCUUGGCUUUUAUUGACUGAUGUCAUAACUUUCACAGCAGUUAUAUAUAGGAUUUUUUUUUAAAUGUAAUGUCCUUGUUUAGAAUGAGUGGGUGGGAAAGAAAGGCCUUCUGCUGAAGAUUAAAAAUAUUAUACAAGGCCAAAUUUAUCCUUGGUGUAUUUCCAUAAUAUGAGUUACACCAAGGAUGAGGUUGGCCCAAUAAUCAUACAACAAUGCAAAAUGGAAUGCUGACUAAAUACAUGUUUUGUAUUGCUAUUCAUAAUGUAUUGCAAGAGGGAAACCACUCUAUUGUUUGAAGAGGGUUUAUGUUAAGGACUAAAUCCAGGUCUAUGUGGCAAACAGACCAAGUGCCCAGUGUGUCUCAGAGCCUCUUUGUAUGUCAAAGGGAUAUGCUGUGUGGUGCAUUUUGCUGCUCUUCUGAACAAGAGUGCAAUGCACUCCCCACUAGCAGUUGCUACUGAUUGCAGCAAAAUAAUUGCUGCUUGGCAGAUUAGACAUACCCCCUAAGCUUCAGACCACAGCACACUAAGAGAAGGGGUGAAGCCCAUCAGGUGAACUGUGGAUGGAUUCUGCCCAGCUGUGUGCACUGAAGACAGAGACUCCCUAUGUCCUCUUCAUCCCCUGGCAUACCAUCCCCCAGCACUGGUCAGAGCUGAACCCUGUGUGUGUUUAAAGUGCCUACUGAUUUAAUGUCCUCUUGUAGAGAGGUCACUGUGCACAUGCAGCAGCUCAAUUUAGAAUCAAAUGCUGUGUGUGUUAGCUGGUCUAAUAUAGUUUCAAAACUCCAGCAAGUUAUUAGGCCAUUACAGAUUAAUCAUUUUUAAUAAUCCACUUAUUUGGAAGUUAUAGAAGCUCACAGAAUGAUAAAGGGGGAGGGAUAGCUCAGUGGUUUGAGCAUUGGCCUGCUAAACCCAGGGUUGUGAGUUCAGUCCUUAAGGGGGCCAUUUGGGAAUUGGUCCUGCUUUGAGCAGGGGGUUGGACUAGAUGAUCUCUUGAGGUCCCUUCCAACUGUAAUAAUCUAUGAUAAGAAAAUAUUUACCCAAUGUCAAACCUUUAGUGCAUGUAUAAUUUCAAAAUGGCCAAAUCAUUCUUGAAGAAAAUUCACCCGUGGGCUAAGGUACUGAAAUGUCUGGCACUUAAGAGUAUAUUGUAUGUACCUGCAGAACUUGAGUUGGGAUUUCUGGUCAAGUAUGUUCAUCUUUCUAUUGCUAUGCACUUGAAUACAGCUGAACUUUCAAAGUGAGUGUGACCCUGGAGAGUAUUGUUGUGUCUCAGAUGUGUUGGUGUUUUGUGGGAUUAUGAAUCUAGUUUUCUGAGUGACUAACGGCAGUUUCCCCUUGGGAAGGACAAGGAAGCCAUGUGCAGUACCUAAUUCUGAUGUAUCUGCAGCCAGUAGCAGGAUGUUUUCUUUCAAUAUAGUCCCCAAACUCUCAGCAAAUGAAAAUAAAGGUUUUUAACUGACUCAAAAGUGUUUUAACUCUGAUUUCUCCCACCAAAAAUAACAACUAAAACUCUCUGGAGAGAUUUUUCUCUUUAAUGUUAAUUAACCCGCUGUUUUACUGUGAUAUUUACAGACAGAUAUUUCUCCAGGAAAAUAUCAGAUGGCCACCACUGUUGCUAAACAAAUUGUGCUUAAUUUAACCAUUUGGUGUCUUUUAAAAAAAAAAAAAAAGCACCUCUGGAGGAGUAAAAGAAUCAGAGUGAUUAAGGAAGCUCCAUAAGGCUAAAGGAAAUGUGCCAUUUGUUCUCCAUCUGUAACUAGCAAAUAAACAAUUGAGUUUUUAUAAUUUUUCUAUCAGUUUGGGUGCAGCUAGAAGGCCUGACAGAUUCAGACUCCUCCAUUCCAGAAGAUGGACUUUACUCAAAUGGUGAAAUUAGUAUGUUUGAUGACCUAAGCAUUAGUGUGAUUAGGUGUCCUUUACAAAACAAAGCAUUGGUACUGAUAAUUCCUGUGGUUCAAAUCUCCCUGCCCUUACUCACAUGAGCCCUGAUCCAGCAAAAUCCUUAUGCUUGUGCCUAACUUUAAGCGUGUGAGGAAUCCCACUGACUUCAAUGAGACUAGUCACAUGUUUAAAGUUAAGUAUGUGCGUAAGAGCUUUGGUGGAUCUGAACCAUAAGAUGAAAUUUGCCCCUGUAUAGAGGGCAUGCACACCCCAUCUUGGACUUAAUUAGUGCAUCAGCCUUUUGUGAGCUCACUGCACAAGGGUGAAUUUCACCCAUGAGUUGUUCCAUUGGAUUGAGUAGAAUUUCUCCCAUGGGUCAGAUAUGCAGAAUUUAGCCUCCAGAGUCUUUAGUUAUUAGCGGCUUUGGGGAAAGGAUGGGGAAAGGGCAAAGUGUUUUAAAGGGGAUUAAAAGAUGAAAAUGAAAUAAAGUGAAAAAUAAUUUUGGGAUUAUUUUUAUACCUACUGUAAUUAAACUGCCCACUUAAAAUAAUAGCACCACGGUGGCUGUAACAGCAUAUUAAAUACUUACCUUGUUCAACUAAUUAAUGAAUAUACUUUUGUGUUUAGUGAAAAUUAGGGUUGUGCUCAGAAAAUUCUAAAAUCAAAUUUUGUCAGUCUGGUUUUAAUUUACUAUAUCUGAAAAGAAAACUUCUAUUCUCUGUGUUCAUAAGGCAUGUCAGAUUACAAACAAUAGGUCAAUUAUUUAUACUAUUAAUACUGAAAUAGUUUUCUUGGGGUGCAAUAUUUAUUUUUCUGCUUCAACAAGACACGUUUAUUGUUUCUCAUGCACAGCACUGAUGUUUUUAGUAGAAAGAAUUGAAAAGGGGCACUAUUUUUGUGUAGCAUAUUAUUUAAAUUUGUAACAUUGUAAGACCUUGCACAAGUGUGCUAGUAUUGUACUGUAUAGUAUCACAUACUUGAGUUUUGAAAUAAAAAUAUGGUUUC